GCAAGCACCGCCGCCAGCCAGCCAUAUUUUUCUACUCGCUCGCGCCAUUUUGGUUCUUAAUUUUUGAGAGCGUCCUUUAGCUCGCGUGUAUUUUACUUCAAGACUUGCAUUAAUUUUAAUAAAAUGGGUAAGAAAGACAAAAAGGAUGAAAGUAGUGGUUCUAGCGAAGAAGAAUAUGUCGUGGAGAAAGUAUUGGACAAGCGGACUGUGAAAGGAAAGACUCAGUACCUGCUCAAAUGGAAAGGGUACAAGGAAGAAGAGAGCACAUGGGAACCAGUGGAGAACCUGGACUGUGAAGAGCUGAUCAAGACCUUCGAAGAGAACCUCAAGGAAAAACAGAAAACAGAAAAAAAGAAGCCAGAGGACCGUGGCAAGAAGCGAGUGAGGGAGUCCAGUGAGGAGACUAGUACAAGCCGCAAGGGUCGAGCCACCAGCGUCUCCUCAGCCGACGAGCAUAAGGAGAGCAAACGCAGCAAGGAUGACAAGUCCAAGUCUGGCUUCGACAAGGGAUUGAAGGCUGAAAAGAUUAUUGGCGCAUCAGACGCGACGGGAGAACUAAUGUUCCUAGUAAAAUGGGCGGACUCUGAUGAGGCUGAGCUGGUCCCGGCGAAGGUAGCCAACGUCAAGUGUCCACAGCAGGUGAUCGCAUUUUACGAGGAGCGGCUAACGUGGCACACGCCUGCUGACGCGGAAUGAUUCAGGGCCGUGAAGAUUAGUUAAGAUGGACUUUGUGAACGUGGACGAUGGACUUAUACCAACAGCAUGACUCAUUCGUGGACCUAGCCAGCUAUAGCAGUGGAAAACCCGGGUCUUGUUUUAAUUCUCAAUUUUUUGGCAUAAGCCACUUGCUGGUUAUGCCAGCAUAGUUUACGUGCAAUUAUUUCAACGCAAUUCUUAAUGGCUUCUAAGUGAUCAACAUGUGGUCUAACAGAAAGCUUGGUGAGGUGUGGUUAGUUCAUUUUGCAAGGGAUAUCUGACUGUCCCAUUUGGGAUAUAGUCGUGAGUUUGUUAUGUUUACACGUGUAAAAAGGAUUGUUAACUUUGUAUCAAGAUUUCUACAUCUUACAAGAGGACAUAAAUAACAAUUCAAAAUAUUGCGUAAUUCUAUUGUGUAUUUCAUGAUUUGAUACGGCCAGAAUUGUGAUCACUCAUAAGCCAUUGAUCAAGAAUUGAAUUGAUAUUUGUGAUUUGAGAUCAAAAAAUUUUUAAUGUAUACUUACCAUGUUUUCAUACCUAUGCCUAUGGAGGAACACCAGUGCAUAACGGCUUUCUACAACAAACAGUAUCACUACUUUUCUGACGUCAUAUCAUAAGGUCUUAGGGCCCCAAGUCCUUUUAAAAUCAAAACCUCAUUGUUUAACUGUUGUCUGGUAUUCUGGGCCGCAGCAUAAUUAUAAGUCCAUUCGGGUAUCGGUGUUGUCAUCACAAGGGUAUUAUUGGCAGUUCCUGCAGACACCUCCUAAUUUUCUUUGUUAUACCUGUUAUUUUCUUAUUCUCCCAAAAGGAAAGGGAUGGGAGAUUGACAACUGUUAAUUUUAAAAUGACACCUUGCUGUUAUGCAACCCGUUUCACGUGUGCUUGUCAACUUAAUUCUGUUGGGUUAUUGGACAAUUAUAAAAUUAUGGGUUUUUUAAAUUUCAGCUAAAAAUUGACAGUGUUCCAUAAAUUUUAUGCCUGUCGAUUACUCGUUCCUUUCUUUUUAGCGCAUAAGAAAAUGACAGGUAUAACUUAAAAUAAAAUUAGAUGGUGUGUACAGGAAUCUCCACAUUGUAACACUCGGUUGUUAAUUACGGCUUUUGUGAUGAAUUUUCCAUGCGUUUGUACGUCGUUGGAGAAGUUAGAAAGGGGUGCGAAUGUUGAUAUUAAUAUCGUCGCGUUAUAACUAUAAAAUCACUUUCGCUUGUCAUUUUUGUUAACAAAACCUUGUAAUAGGCGCGGUAGUUUUAAUCCAGGUAAUAUAUCCGAUUUUUUUUUAUAAGACGACGUUAUGUUGAUUCUGUGUAAGAUGCAUGCUGUAUGAUUAGUUUUGACAUUGACCCAUCCAUGACCUUUUAAAAACUUGACUUUAUCUUGGAAAUAACGUCCAUACUAUCAUAAUUCGCCCCCCGCAUCUCUGUAUAUUUAGGUAUAUAUAGUCGCCGCGGCGACAAAUUUUUUCUUUACAUAUGAAUUAUGAACACAUCAAACUUUUAUUGAUGAACCGUGGUCCAUAUUUCAUAGAAUAUAAUUGUCAUUUUAUUGAAUUUUGAGUUAUGUUGUAGAUAUAGGUAUAAUCAAUUUCGAUACACAGCAAAAUUUGUCUUAUCUAGUUUGCGCCUUUGUAGCAUGGCGAUAAGGUUCAGACUGGUUGGACGGUGAAUAAAGCUUUGUAUCCAAUAGACAACAUAAAUACAUACUGAGACGUCGUUGGGAGCACCUCCUUGGAGCCCUGAACGCGUCCGGCGGCAGACAUACAAAUCCACCCAUAUUUCAACAAUUUCAUAAUAAAGUCUGGUUUUUCCCUUCGUGGGUUGGAAGGUUAGAUAGGCAGUCGCUUCUGUACAAAACCCGCGAAUGAACUCUUAAGCGUCAAGUUGUUAUCAAAAUUAUUGUAAAUUCAGAAAGAUUGUUCAUUUCCCUGGCAUUAUCCUGUUUUUCACAGAGUCAGCUUACCUAACCUGAAGAUUUGACAGGGCCGGUUAUUUACAGAAGCGACUGCCUAUCUGACCAACCCGCAAAGGGGAAACCAGCCCAACACAGGGAUCACAUACCUCCGAAUAAUGCACUUCCCGGGAAUGUGGGUUUCCUCACGAUGCUUACCUAAAAGUUCAAAAAGAUUGUUAACAAAAAAUAAAUUAAUUGUUGCCUAUUGGAUGCAUGACUUUGGGUAUUUGCUGACAAGCUUCGAAUAAGUAUUUAGUCAAGAGAUAUUAGGCCUUCUCGUCUGCGGCAGACGAUCUAAAAAUGUAAGAAUAUUCUGUAUAAGCAAAUAAGGAUUUUUUUCAGAUGCUAUCCACCACGCGUCGACAUAUAAUUUACUUCAAAUUAUGUGAGAAAUCUCGUUUCUUUGGAUAACUUAGGAGUUUGUAUCCUAUCGAUUUUGUUAUCGUAAUUCCAAAUAUUUUUAUUAUGACGCGACGUGUCUUAAGGUAAUAUUUAAUAAAUAAACAUUCUCGUGAA